GAACAAAAAACUUAAUCAAGAGAUCCAAGUUUAACUUUCGGUUUUGGUUUCAUUCAUAUGACUGUCAAUCACAAUCAAUGUUCUAUUUAACAAAAUAAGUGCAGUUUUUUCCGAAGAAUCCUUUGAAUGGUGACUGCUUAUUAAAGAAUCACUGCAAUGAAUGUCACACAGUUCUGCAGUUUCCUUCUCCUAUUGGUGCCUGUUUAUGGGAUUGUGAACAAUGUGCGACCAAUUAUAGGGGUGUUGGCGCAGGAGAGUGACUACAAUGACUUGGAGUAUGGUGACACAUACAUCAGUGCUGAUUACUUCCAGUACAUUGAAAUGGCAGGAGCAAGAGCUGUACCAGUAUUUGUAAGAAAAGAUGAUGAGUACUAUUCAAAGAUGGUACAAAGUCUCAAUGGAAUCCUGUUUCCUGGAGGUGAUGUUGGGUUAAUAUCCUCCUACAUGGCAAAGGCUGCCCAGGCCAUCUACAAACAAGCUAUAGAGACAAACGAUGCUGGUCACUACUUCCCACUGUGGGGUACAUGCCAGGGUUUCCAGCUGCUGACCGCUCUGACGGCUGGCAAGAACCUGCUUACCAACGCCUCAGCCGAGGACGUUGCCUUGCCACUGGACUUUGUGAAUGGGUUUAGAAGUAGCAGACUGUAUGGCAGUUUACCUGCGGAUAUCUACGAGUAUUUAUCCACCAUGAAUGUGACAGAAAAUUUCCAUCACUAUGGAAUAACACCUGAGACAAUGGAGCUGACAGAUAGCUUGUACAGUUUCUACAAUAUUCUAUCCACCAAUCUUGAUGUGCAUGGCAAGAGAUUUGUGUCAUCAUUUGAAGCUAAACACUAUCCAUUCUAUGGAACCCAGUUUCACCCAGAGAAAGUCAGCUUUCAGUGGAACACAAACUAUCAUAUCAACCAUGGUCCUGAGGCUAUAAAAGUGGGACAGUACUUUGCCAACUUUCUGGUUGCAGAAGCCCGUAAAAGUGACAACCACUUUGCUGCAGAAAGUGAUGAGAUAUCCGCCAUGAUUGAGAACUACCAACCAGUGUUCAUACGAGAUAACACUUAUCGCCUCACUUAUUUCUUCAACUACACAAGUACCCCAUAAACUGUUUAAGAAAAGUCAUUUAAUAAGUUGUGGAGUGACUUCUGGGAGUUGGUAAAGUUGGUUUACAUUAAUGAAUUUUUUCCCUUAGCACUAGUUUAUAUUUAAUUUAAAAUCAUUCAAAUACUAUUAUUGUUUUAAUCUCAAGUGCAUGAAUUUUAUUUUUUCAUCUUGUCAAUUUAAGUCAAAAAGAUUUUCCAAGAUUUUCAGUAUUUUAAGAAAGCUAGUAUGUUCUCUUUGAAAAAAGAUGUAUGUAAUAUGCAAAAAAAUCUAAACAGGAAACAACAUUCAGAUGUGUUGCUGUACAAAUGUUCCAGUUACAUUUGAUCAGUGUCAUGCGAAAAUGUGUCUUAUGCCAUAUGCAUAUUGUGUAGCUCCAGACGAGCCUUGUGGAGUCUGGUGAGGAGCUACAUGGUCGCCUAUAAAGUCACACAAGGUUUUGUGGUCUCAUGAGCAGACAGGGUAGUUCCUGACCACACUUUGAAUGCACUGACUGGUCUGGAGCGACCCUGCCCAAUAACACAUGCGACCCAUUUUUGCAUGAAGCUGCUUUCUUUUUACAUACACUUUUAGCGUUAUCAUCACUUUAUGUUGUAUUAUAUUCUUCCUCUUCAAUUGAAUGUGCUGCCCAAAUGUGGAACUUCCAUAACCCAACCUAUAUGUAUUGUCACUUUAUAUUGCAGGUUGAUCAUACUCAUUCAUGUAUACUCCUAUAUGGUAUAUACGAGCCUUAUUCUGGCAAAACAGGGCUUAAUGCAUGAUUGUAAAGUAUCAAGCCAGAUAAGCCUGUGCCGUUUGCAUGGACUUAUCAGGGAUGACACUUCCCGCCUAAUCUGGAUUUUUCACAAGAGGAGAUUUCCAUUUAAUGAAAAAAAGCAGAAGUUGUCCUCCCUGAUUAGCCUGUGCGGACUGCAUAAUCUUGAAUGACACUAGAGGCACAUGCUUUAGCACCAUUUUCCCAGACCGAGUCUCCUGUAUUAUAUAUUCAAUCUAUUUACCAGCAGAAGGUCGGUCACAGAGGUGUCUAUGUAAUGAUUAUUAAAAUGAUACCCAAAUAAUAUGGGAUCCAAUUCACGAUCUCAGUGUAUGGCAAACAUAUCCAUAACACAAAUGUGACAUGUUUUUAUAAAAAUAAACACAAAUUUACCACUUGUAAGAUUCUUAAAACAUAUUAUAUGUUUGACAAGUCUCGAAUGUCGUUGCAUUUUCAGAUAAGAAAUUUAUUUGCUCUGUGAUAUUAGUUGAUAACUUUUUUAUGUAAGUUUGGAGACCUUAUUUUUGUUAAAAGAAUUCACUGGUAGAUAUUUUCAAUAAAAAGGAAACAAAACAUUGCGCAUACCGGUAUGAUGAAAUGUACUAAUUAUGUCAGUACUUGGCAAACUAAUGUAGAUACUAUAUGCAAAUAUAAAUUGUUUUGUUUGUAUGCAUAUAUAUAGCUGCUAUUAAGUUAUUAGUAAUGUAAAUAUAUACUUAUUAACUGCAAAUAUUUACAUUUUGCUACAUUAAUUAGAUAUGCUAUUUCUUGUGAAAAUUGACAAAGAAUUAACUACAUAGCAGGUAAAUUUGAAAAUAUUUUUUGAAAGACUCUGUGAUGACUCAAAUACCUAUUAUUUAUUUGAUAUUCAGAUAUAUUAUUUACAUACAAAAAUGUAUUAAAUCAUAAUCUGUGAUGUGCCUAUAGAAAGUGUAAAUCUUCAAGCUGUGAUGAACAAUUGUGUAUUUCUGUGAUGCAUUUCCCAUUUUCUAUGAAUGUUGUUAUAUAUCUUAAAUUUUAUUUUGAAAGCAUAAAGUUUGUUUGUUAAUGGAAAUUCAAAUAAGCAUGGUCAUAAGAGGUUAAACUGUUUCUAAGCACCAUGUUCACGCUAGUUAAUUAAAAUUUAGUUUGAUAACAAUGAACAGAUCAAUUAUGGUACAUGUAUAUAACAUUGUUACGCAUAACUCAUUUGUAAUCAGCAUAAUGACAUUAACCCACUUAUUAUUGAGUUGUAGUUCAAUUUAUUUAUGUUGAUUUAUGUCACUUUUCAUCUGCUUCUUGUAUUAUUAUAAUAAUAUACAUAUCUUUUU